UAAACAAAACAAAACUCCCAAAAAAUUCAAGCCUCUCAAUUGGAAAAUAUCAGAUACAAUUUUCCAGUCAAAACUAAGAAUACAACUCACACCCGCCCUUCCCGAAACUCCAUCCCCUCUAGAAGACUUCCCGCAUUCUUAUACCACACAGAGUUAGAAAAACCUCUAAGAUUUUGCAAGAGAUUCAGCUAUCACAGUCCGGGUCUCCUUCUUUCAUCGCAAACUCUCACAUGUAAUGGCAAGUCCUGCUGUAACACACACCCUCAAAUAUUGGUUAACAGAGCACCCUUUAAUCCUAUCAUUCCGAUGGAGCCCCACCGAAUUAUGGUUUUCCACUUGGUCCUUCAUCAUCAACGCCAUUUCUGCUUAUAUUGCCACCGCUACUACUCUUCAUGCUAUCCUCACGAUCUGCCGUCGCCGUCGUCCUGUUCCACUGGGUCCUAUCCCCGCCGUCCACAGCCUCGCCAUGGCCAUCAUCUCUUUCAUCAUAUUUCUCGGCAUGCUCUUGUCCGCUGAUGCUGAAAUUCGAAACACCCGGUGGUUAUGGCGGCGAACCAGAACCACGCCUUUCGAAUGGGUCCUCUGUUUCCCACUGGGUAUUCGUCCCUCUGGACCAGUCUUCUUCUGGUCCUACGCUUUCUACCUUUCUCGCUUCCUCCACCUGUUCCGAACGAUCUUCACCAUUCUUCGUCACCGGAAGCUAUCCUUUUUCAGGCUGUUCAACCAUUCCAUCCUGCUGCUCACCUCGUUCCUCUGGCUCGAAUUUUCCCAGUCAUUUCAGGUAUCGGCCAUACUCAUCACAACUUUGGUUUACUCCUUAGUGUAUGGGUACAGAUUCUGGACGGAAAUCGGAUUGCCCUCCAAGUGCUUCACGUUCACUGUGAAUUGCCAGAUGUUGUUGUUGGGUUUUACAUUCGUGGGACAUGCUGGGGUACUUGCACUUCAUUUCCUGAGAGGAGGGUGUAAUGGGAUUGGAGCUUGGGUGUUCAAUGCUGUGAUGAAUGCUGCGAUUCUUUUACUGUUCUUGAGGUUCUAUGGUAAAGCGUAUGGCCGGAGAUCCGUUACCGUUGGAUCGGCAUCGUGGGGCGGGCAGGACGCCGAUAAGCGAGCAACGCGUUCCGCUGAAUCUUCAAAAAUGGAAUUUGGAACGCACAAGUGAGAAGAAAGACAAAAAUCGUUGACUUGGAUCUUUCCCUCCUCACCUAAAGUCAAGUCUUUGAUGUUUCUCCGCCGCCCUUAAUUUUUCGGAGUAUCUUGGCAAGAGGAGUUUGACCAGUUCCUCCAUCCCCGUCAACUGUAGAUAAACAGUGUUCUUCCUUCUUAUUAGUUCAGAACCCGCAGGUUCUGGUCAUGGUUUAAGACUUUAAGUGAUGGGUUGCAAAUUCUGAACGUCCGUGCUUCCGAUUAUAUAACACAUUAAUUUGCAUU